GGUAACACGUGGUUUUCCAUCUUCUCCCUUUUAUCUCAUUCUCAUUCAUUCUCACGCACACUUUUCUUUCUCCUAUAUAUCCUUUUCCCCAUUCUCUCUUCCUUUUUUCGUUUCUCCCAAUCACUCUCUCUUUCAUCUCAACGCCAUCGCCAUUAAGGGUUUCAGGUUGAAAUAAGUGAUUUGUUAUAGUCAAAAUGUCAUCUCCAAGCAAGAGAAGAGAAAUGGAUGUAAUGAAAUUGAUGAUGAGUGAUUAUACAGUGGAGACAAUAAAUGAUGGACUCACUGAAUUCAAUGUGGAGUUUCAUGGUCCAAAAGAAAGCCUUUAUGAAGGUGGAGUCUGGAAAAUUCGUGUUGAACUUCCUGAUGCAUAUCCAUACAAAUCCCCUUCUAUCGGCUUUGUGAACAAAAUAUACCACCCGAAUGUUGAUGAGUUAUCUGGCUCUGUAUGCUUGGACGUCAUUAACCAAUCAUGGAGUCCAAUGUUCGAUCUUCUAAAUGUCUUUGAAGUUUUUCUUCCACAACUCUUGCUUUAUCCAAAUGCAUCAGAUCCUUUGAAUGGCGAUGCAGCAUCCUUAAUGAUGAAGGAUAAAAAGCUGUAUGACCAAAAGGUUAAAGAGUAUUGUGAGCGGUAUGCUAAGAAGGAACACAUUACCAACGGCACAGCUGAUGACGAGGAGAGUGAUGAGGAGGACAUCAGUGAAGCAGAAACUCAAUCCAGUGAUGAUGAAAUUCCUGGCCGUGCUGAUCUUUAAACACCUUAAAGGUCCAUGUGUAUUACCACACAUUUACUUGUUCAGUUAUAAUUAUAAGAUGUAGGAUUAUUAUAAUUUACUAUUUUUUUGUGCCCUUGAAAUAACUAUUAUUCCUGUGUAAUUUGUUACAAAGCUAUAAUGUCAUUAGGGCUUUAGACUUUUAAUUGUAAUUUGUAUAUUAAUAAUUAACAAAAAAAAUUUCUUUCCGAAUUUAAGGAAACCAGAAAUGUAAUAAUAGAUACAUGCUGAAGAUUUUAGCUGUUAUGUCUCAUAUAAUUAGCUAAAUAUAUGUUUUGCAA